GCUUGAUCCUUCACCACCUUCACCUUCGUUUUUUGGCAUGACUACUCAAUUCGAUGGAGUAUAUCAUGGCCUUUCACGCGAGAUUGGCAAAUUUCGUAUCGCGGCCAGUGGAAUGGCGUGGAAAGGUGUUGAUACUGAGAGACCAGUUGCGAUGAGCGCAAGCUCUAUCAAAUGGGCGCAGUGGCUUCGCGUAGCUCGAAAUUUCCAGCUUCGGAUUGGUAUAAAGGAAGAGAAGGGUGACUUUCGCAAAGAAACCUUUGACGGAUUCCAGCGCGAGGAUCAUGACAGAAUGGCAUCUCUUCUAAAAACCCAUUUCGCGGUCACGCUGGAGACAAGAGAAACUUCCUUGAAAGGUUGGAAUUGGGGUCUCACUGAUUUCCAAGGACAGGACUUGGCCUUUACAUCCUCAGAUCGAACUGCCUUUGAAUUACCUCUACAGUAUGUUGCCAACUCAAAUAUCACCGGAAAAACUGAAGUUUCCUUGGAGUUUUCAAACCCGUCAUCAACGACAAAAUCCAAGGGGGCGGUCGAUGAAAUGGUUGAAAUUCGAUUCUACGUUCCCGGAACCCAAUCCAAACUUAGGGGGGCUGAUGCUGGCUCUGGGGAAGAAGAUAAUGAUGAUGAUGAAGUCGGCGCUGCCCAGGUCUUUCAUGAUAUGGUGAAGGAGAAGGCCUCAUUGGAUCAAGUGUCUGACGAUAUUGUACUCAUGUUCGAAGAGGUGCUUGUGUUAACACCCAGAGGUCGUUACGAUGUGGUGAUGUUCAAGGACUUUCUUCGCCUACGGGGGAAAACAUACGACUAUAAAAUCAUAUUCGCGAAGAUCGCAAGGCUGUUUCUUUUACCGAAGGAUGAUCAACAUGUCUUGUUCAUUUUUGGUCUUACCGAACCCCUCCGGCAAGGGCAAACGGGAUACCAGUACCUGGUAAUGCAGUUUAACCGCGAGGAGGAAACGACAGCAGAGCUCAAUAUGACAGACGAGGAGAUUGCUGAAUAUGAUAAGCUACACAAGAAUUACGAAUGUCCCACGUACGAAGUUGUGUCAAGUCUCUUCCGCGCAUUGGCGCAAAAGAAGAUCAUCGGUUCUGGUACAUUCCAAAGCCGCGACGGUCAUCCCGGUAUCAAAGCCAAUCUCAAAGCAGUACAAGGCGAUCUUUUCAUGCUCGAAAAAUAUGUCUUUUUUGUUUCAAAACAGCCUACUCUCAUCGAACUCUCUGACAUUCACCAAGUCGUUUUCUCCCGAGUAGGUGCCAGUAUGGGUGCUGCCGCCGCCCGCACAUUUGACCUCAAAAUUGUCACGAAAAGCGGACCAGAAUACACGUUCAGCUCUAUCAACAAAGAAGAGCACGAACCUACCGAAUCUUACUUCAAGGACAAGAAGAUCCGUAUCAAGAACGAGAUGGUGCCGGACGCGGAUUUGCUGAUGGCAGCAGCUGUCGGAGAUGAUGAUGAAGAUAUGGCGAGCGUAGAUUCUGAUGACAGCGGGCCGAGAGGCAAGCCUGCCCGUACUGGUUUUGACGAUGAUGAAGAUAGCGAAAACGACGAGGAUUUCCAAGCAUCAUCUUCUGACGAAGGUUCACCUAGUGAGAGUGACUCUUCAGAAGGCGGAGCCGAUACAGCUUCAGAUGCUAGUGGGGACCGCGACUUUGCCAAGAAGUCGAAGAAGAAAAAGACGAAGGGUAAAGAGAAAGAGAGUAGUACAUCUGUGAAAAAGGCAAAGAAAGCGGACGAUAGUGAUGUUGACGGGGAUGAGGACGAGGAUAAAGAUAAAAAAUCGAAGAAAAAGGCUGCGCCUAAACCGAAGGCCAAGAAGAAGUCGAGCGAUGACGAGAUGGAUGUCGACGACAAACCUCGACCGAAACCCAAAGCGAAGCCAAAACCGAAGCCAAAAGAUGACACGAUGGAUGUUGAUGAGGUUCGGCCUAAACCCAAGGCUAAAAAGCAGAGUGGUGAGGCAGUGGUGGAACCUCCGAAGAAGAAGCAGAAAACCGCUGAUUAGUUUUGUGCACUGCACUUAUGUUCGAUGUCAAUGAUUUGAGUAUUUCAACCACUAUUGUAUCUUCAAGCUUCCAGUCUUGCGUCUCAGAACAGUAUUAUUACAACAGG